AACCCUGAGACCUAGCCCCUUGGUCGAGAGACACUCCAAGUCGGUUUCAGAACCUUGCUUAAAAUAUCGAAAAUGCGGUGUUAAGUUACGCGUGUUUGGCUCCAUAACCAAAAACCGUGGUGAAUUAAGCAGAAUAUUCCCGUUCCCAAAUUUAAGCAAACCUCCAACGCCACGACGAUCUCAUUUUAUCACCACGCCUUAUAUUUAUAUUAUACUUAUCGCAAUAACUACUUAACUUCUCUCAGCUUCCACCAACAAAUUCAGGUUCUUUCACUAACAAAGAAAUGAGCCUCACCUUGUGUGGAAGUGCUUCUGCAAGUGCUUUAAUGGCGUUUCACGGGAGUGAAUUGAUGGGUAAGGCCAUCAAAAUUCAUGUUAAAACAACUCCUAGGAAGGGAUACAAUCCUUUGCAGGUAGCUUGUGUGGACUAUCCGAGACCGGAUAUUGAUAAUACAACUAAUUUCUUGGAAGCUGCUUACUUAUCUUCUUCCUUUCGUGCUUCUCCUCGUCCAACCAAGCCUUUGAAAGUUGUAAUUGCUGGUGCAGGUGGCGUGUUUUCUCCUUUUAUCUCACUCAGUUUUGUUUUGUUCAUGUUUUAG